AUGAAUAUCAUCACCUGGAAUGUCCGUGGUUUGACGGACGAAUCCAAGCGGUUACUUAAGGAGCAUUGUAGCUCCUUUUCUCCUAUUAUCUUGGGUUUAAUUGAACCUAAGAAGGUGUUUCGUAAGGUGAGGCAGAGCUACUGGAAUUCUUUAAAUAUGGUGCAUAUUCAUCAAAAUUGUCGAGCUUCUAAAAGCUCGAACAUUUGGGUUCUUGCUCACCCUGAUGUUCUUGCAACCACGGUUUUUUCCUCUGACCAAUCUGUGAUCGUUGAUUGUAUUUGGCAAACCUACAACUUCCGUGUAGCUGUUAUACACGGAGCCAAUGACCAGAUCCUCCGCCGUAGGCUUUGGCAUGAUCUUCUCCAUUUCACGUCGGGUAAUACUGUCUUUAUUGGUGAUUUUAACGCAGUAAAAGGCUCUAAUGAGAGGAUUAGUUCUCGAUCCCCUUCAAGAAGCUCCUGCUUGGACUUCUGCGCUUUCAUUGAUGAUUCUCAAUUCAUUGAAUCUCCGACUGAAGGGAUUCGCUUCACCUGGGUUUUGCUGAUUUAUGGGAUUCUAUUGUUACCACGACGCUUCCGAGGCUCACCUCUGAUCAUUCUCCAUAUGGUAAAGAAUUCGUGGACGGUUGCUGUUAACACUCGCUGCCCUAUUCUGUGUGUUAUGUUGAAACUCAAGAGACUGCGUUAUGAUAUUAAGGCCUGGAAUAAAGAUGUUUUUGGCAAUGUUGAUAAUUCGAUUGGUCAGUUUCAGAAUCAUUUGGCGGUCACUCAGAACCAGAUUUCGGAAACAGGCUAUACUGAUGAGCUUUUCGAUGAGGAGAUUCGUUUGCAAGCUGAGCUUAAUGUUGCGCUUUCUAGAAAAAAUAAUUUUCUUCAACAGAAAAGCCGUGCCUCGUGGUUGCAAGAUGGGGAUAGAAAUACGACUUUCUUUCACAGAAUGAUAAAAUUCAAAUGGAGGAAUACUUUGAUUACUCGUUUGAAUAUUGACGGAGUGGAUGUCUAUGAUCCGAGUAUUAUCGAGCAGCAUAUCAUCGGGCACUUCUCGGCUUUUUUCAUGGAUGAUGAAAGCCCGAGCACUGAUCCUUUGGAGAUUGAGGCGCUUAUUGAUGUGGCGGUUUCGGAUGCUCAGAAUAAUUUUUUGGUCAGUAUUCCUGAGGAGAGUGAGAUUGCGGCGGAGGUUUUUGGCAUGGACGUUAAUAGUGCCCCUGGGCCUGAUGGUUUCUCUGUACCAUGA